AUGAAUAUGCUAAAAGAUUCUCUAUUUUCUCCUUCACGUAAAGGAAAAACAAAAAGAAACUAUAAAUUUCAUCAAGCAAAUAAUUCUUUAACUGAUCCACUUUUAUAUACAUUUGAAAAUAAUGAUAUAGAAUUAGGAACAAUGGAUUCUGAUGAAGAAUCAACAUCAAAUAAUGAACAUAAUAUUCGUACUCGUUAUGCAAAACAAAAUUUUAAACCAGCAGCACAAGGUGGUGGUUCAAUUGUUAUUGUUGAAAAACCAAUAUUACCAAAUGAAACUAUUCAAGCAUUCUCUAUUCGAUAUCGAGUACCUAUUUCUCAAUUAAAACGUUUAAAUAAUUUACAAAAUGAUCGAGAUUUCUAUGCAUUAACAUCUUGUCGAAUACCUGUACAACGUUUUGGUGUACUUCAUGAAGCAUCAUCAUCAUCAUCAAUAACUGUUGAUUUACAUGAACAAUCAACAAUCUCAUUACCUGUUACACAUCUAUCUCAACAAAAUCAUCAUGCUUUUUUAAAUGCAAUGGAUCAAGAUUUAGCAUUAAUGCGUACUAAAGUUGAACAAUUAAUUGAUACACCAUCAUCAACAAUAUUGAAUUCUAAUCCAUUAAUAUCUCAGUCAUUAUCAACAAGAAUUUUAAAACCUACAGGAAAUACAACUAAUGAAUUAAAUUGUGAUGAAGCUGAUUGUGGUUUUAGACUUUGGCAUAUCAUUAUGAUUAUUAUCGUUAUUGCUCUUAUACCAUUUAUUUUUGCAUAUUUUUAUAUAAAAUCUCUUCAUAAUCGUAAAAUAUGA